AUGAAAAUUCGACUGCUAGGUUUACUUUCUGUGUUCGUCCUACUGUUCGGAGCCACUGACUCAUUCAAAGCGCCUCAACAUGUUUCGGCGACAAAAGGAAAGUUUUUCGUGCACACACUACAUUCUGCGAAUUUUUUUCCGAGCACAGUAAAAGUGAAAUGGGAAGCUACACUAAACAACAAACCGGCUCUACCCAAUUGGUUGCGUCUAUUGCCGUCUCGCCACCCGGAAAUUGCUUAUCUAAUAGGCACUCCGGUCACAAAUGUGCAGCAUGUCACCCUACAUGUGAUAGCGAAACGGCUGGAUAAUUUCGACAUACAGCAGCGAAUGAUAGUGAUUAAUCUAGUGGAAGAUUCACUGUACCAAGGAAAUACGCAACAAAUAUUCGAACUUCCUAUAAAUGGACUCGAUGUGGAAGAUCUGGUUUCGAAUCGAGAGCGAAAAAUAAGUCAACUGGAAAACGCACUGCGUAAUACGUUUCGUGGUAGAAAUGUGAACCCAUACAUCGCCGGUAUCCGCUCCAGAUAUACUAUUCCUCGCGGCAAAGAACACAUUUUCAAAAACAAUGUUGGAACUAUGGUUUUUGUUGGAACGCAACAAAAAUUCUAUCCAGGAACAAUGGCAAUUGUCAAGAAUUUGCAAACGGUACCCGAUUUUUGCACCAAACCAUCCGCAGUUGUGAUGAAUAAGUAUUUCGCGCCCACGUUUUCGGUUGAUUGGUGUAAUGUCGCUGUGAAAAACGUGUCGGCAAUUGAAGAAGAAGCAAAUAAUGAAAAGUUGGUUAAUGUGGAUGGUGAAGAAAAAUCGACGCAAAUAAAACAAGUUGAGGACUCGAGCGACCGACCAGAACAACCACCGCGCGAGCUCUAUGGGUACUCGGAACACGGAUUCAGCAUUGUUCUUGUUGCCAUCAUUUUGGGAGUCUGUGCACUUCUCAUUUUUGCACUGGUGCUCAUUUUUUUUGGGUCAAGAGAAGGGCAGAAAUGGAGAGACGACAAAACGUCUGGUGAGACUAUGGGAGAAUUUGUCACUAUUCGUGACAAUCAGAAGAAGUUGCGAGAACUUUCACUUCAAAGACAACUUCUAAGCAUGGGACCAGACACCAAUUCCACUGCACCUUCUGGAAUUCAUUCGUAUUUACAAUCAAGAAGCAGAGCACCAAGCACAAUUGCUAGAUUUAGCAAAAGUGCGAGUAGAUUGAAUGAUAGAGAGGACACUAUUGAACUUCUCCCCUCUGUUGAUCAUAUUCCCGUUGGCAAGCAAACAGUCGCAGAAGCAGCAAAGCAAUGCGGAAGCUCUUUGCAUCUGUACAGAAAUCCAUUGAGCGAUGAAAGCGAUGAGCAAGUCACUGAAAGCUCUGAAGAUGAAAACUAG